AUCAAAUGCAAGAUCAAAUACAAGAAUAUAAUUCUAGAAGUGAAUCAGCUAUUAGUUUUGAAGAUAUUAGCAAAUUUGUUUACAAUUCUUUAAGAUCUUUAGAAGAAACUAAUGAACAAUAUAAAA